AUGAGUAAGUCCUUCUUCUUGUUGCUGGUUCUGUUUGCCCUUGGAGACUGUGAAGAAGACUGUGGAGGUCAUCUGAGCUGUUUGGAGAAAAAGUUUGUGGAUUAUGUGGACAAAGUGGAAGCGAGUGGUACCAUCAGUAAUUACGUCGUACUUGAAAAGGUUAGCGGGAGGGAUGCGAAAGAGGAGAAGAGAGACGAGGGGAUCGUCCAAAGGUGUGUACGGUUCUUGGCGGAGCAUCAACUCAAGCUGAGGUUACCUGCAGAAGAGUCCAGGGGGUUAGAAACUGAAGCUCGUAGCCGCAAGAUCCGGAAGCUUAUUCUCCCAUUGCUGCUGAUCCUGAAACUGAAAGCUUCGAUAAUCUUCCCCAUCCUCCUUUCCAUCGUUGCCAUCGUAGCAUUCAAGGGCUUGGGGGCUGGCUUAACUGCAUUGACCAUUGCUGGAGCGAUUGGAUUGAAGAAUUUGGUGGAAACAGCUGCGCAAGGCCAUUCCAAAGUGAGCUACGAAAUUGUGCCACAGGUUGCACCACAUUGGAGUAGAUCUGCGAUGGAGCCAGAUGUCGGUUUGGGAAUGGAUUACCACACCCUUGUGUAAACGAUGCGUUUGACUGUACAUUGUGAUAACGUUAACUAACUAAAAUUGAUCAGCCCUUAAUGUUGGCCAAAGGAGUCAAUAGUGCUUAUGCACCAAGGGUUAAUUCUUGA